AUGCCUUCUUCCCGUGUGUCCCAGCGUAGACGGUCGUCAUUGGCUUCCGGCAUCACUACAGUGAGGGCUGGCAAGUAUGGCGUCACACAAUCGUCCAACUCACCUCGGAAUGUUACCUUUGCACCCAACGUAACACCUGGCACGUACAACGAGCCCGAUGGCGCAUCAAAGGACGAUACUCCAUCGCCCGUCAAUGCGUUGUUCCCUCCUUCGCAAACACCAGCACCAGCACCGACACGUCGACGGGCGCCACCCGGCAAGCGGCGGUCGCAGGGAUACAUCCCGCGGCCUCCGAACGCAUUCAUGCUCUUCCGCGCCGACUUCGUGCACCAGAGGCACAUUCCGGGAUCUAUUGAAGCUACUCACGGUACCUUGUCUAAGAUCAUUGGUAAUCUCUGGCACGCCCUUCCUCUGGAAGAAAAGAGGACAUGGGAGAAUCUAGCGAAGAAAGCAAAGGCUGAGCAUCGCCAAAUGUACCCUGACUACCGCUUCCGGCCAGUGCACAAGAAGAAGGGCGAGAAGAAUGCGAAGAAAAAGGGAAAGAUUCCGCUCCCGGAACCGGAUGAGCGUCGCUGUGAGGACAUAACCGAAUUUCUGAUCGAGGGCAUGAAGGGCGACGAACUCGCCGCGGCCGUGCGUCAACGGGACAUGGAACGAUCGCGUUCGCGAACACGCACCGCUAGUCCAGGUCCUUAUGCAGGUUUCAACCCCCCAUCGUUCCCUCCGAUGUCGCAGUUGCAUCAGCCGACUCCCAUAUACGCGCAACGCCGCUCCUCUUCUGUUCCUCCGCCAAGCAUGUACUAUCCGAUCGUGCUACCCAGCGUACCGUUCUUCGGGUCGCGCGCGCCCUCACCAGUCGGGCACAUUUCUCGUUCGCAACGGAUCGUCCAGGGCCAUCGCCGUGCCUCAAGUGUGCAGCCUAUUCCGUCGCGUUCGUGGACGAUGCCCAUGGAGACGUCCGAGCAAAUGGGCAUGCCGGAAGUUUGGCAACUACAGCGUGACUGGUCGCCUUUGCCUGAGCCGGACAUGUCGCUCUUCCAGCCCGAGUACACGAGUGGUGGAAUGCAGGGCGGAUUGCCCUUCACACCUACCGUGGAGAACGUGGCGCUGUUUGCUCAGGACUGCUCUCAGAAUGACUUCCAAAAUUAUGACUUCAAUGACGCCUCCCAGCAUCAGCAGCAUCAACAGCAUCAAUCGCUCUCCCUCAGCAUCAGCCCUCUCGAUGCCGUCCCAGUCGAUCUUUCCGCUCCUGUGGCUGAGUCACCAGCGAUCCCUCCUUUCUCGUCAGUCUCCUCGCAGCACAGCCCGAUGUCCGCGUCAUUCGACUUCUCCGCUGGUUUCGCGCCUGGUGUCGAUGGGAUGUCGCUUGGCCCUCUCGACAUGGUCAGCGGCUGGGCUCCCAGUUCCGGGCCGUCGUCGACGGUCUCGGGCUCGCCCGCGCUAUCGGAGACCUCCUUGCCCAUGCCAAACCAGAUGAUCGUUGGCGGUGUAGAUGUCCAGGCCAGUGUGCUUGCACCGCAGCCUAUGCACGCGCAGGCAUUUGGAUGGAGCCAGCAGGUCCACGAGCAGGUCCACGUGCAGGUCCACCAAGAUGGCCUCCUGCAGCAAGUACCGGCGGCCACGGAGCACCCACAUCAGGGGUACGCACCUGCGCUCGAGCAGAUGUGUGGCACCGCACAGGUCUUCCCGCAGUUCGACUCCGGCAUGUUCGUCACGGAGGGCUACGUGACCGACGCGCCGAUGGAGAUGGGCUUGGAUGAUGCCUUCAACUUCCACCAGGCGACUGCAUUCUAG